AUGCUACUUAAGACGACAGCGUCUCUGCUUUCUUUUUCUACAAUUAUCCACGCUGCUGCGAUUCCUCAGACUACCGACGCUAUGGCAACUGCUUCAGGUUACAAGAAUGUUGCGUACUUUGCUAUUUACGGUCGCAACUACAACCCUCAAGAUCUCCCGGCUGAGGAGCUUACACAUGUGCUCUACGCCUUUGCCAACGUGCGGCCUGAAUCUGGCGAAGUCUAUCUUUCCGAUGUGUGGUCCGACACUGACAAGCACUACGCGACUGACUCGUGGAAUGAUGUCGGCACCAAUGUGUAUGGAUGCGCUAAGCAGCUGUUCCUCCUGAAGAAGCGCAACCGCAAGUUGAAGGUGUUGCUCUCCAUUGGCGGGUGGACAUACUCAGCAAACUUUGCACAGCCUGCAUCCACGGCUGAGGGUCGCGCCAAGUUCGCAAGUAGUGCGGUUGAGAUCUUGGCCAACCUUGGGUUCGAUGGCCUUGAUGUCGACUGGGAGUACCCGCAAAAUGAUGCCCAGGCCAACGACAUGGUGCUCCUCCUGGCGGAAACCCGUCGAGCCCUCAAUGAAUACUCUGCCCGCUACGCCAAUGGCGAGCACCUGCUCCUGACCGUUGCCUCACCAGCCGGCCCCACUAACUACAACAAAAUGAAGCUCAGCGCCAUGGACCAGUACCUCGACUUCUGGAACCUCAUGGCCUACGACUAUGCCGGGUCCUUUUCCUCCGUCUCGGGCCACCAAGCCAACUGGCAGCCAUCGCAGAACAACCCUACCAGCACGCCAUUCAACACCGAACAAGCAGUCCGCGACUACCGUGCUGGUGGAGUACCUGCGAGCAAGAUUGUUGUCGGCCUGCCGUUGUAUGGACGUGGGUUUGCUAACACAGAUGGGCCUGGUAAGCCCUUCUCUGGUAACGGCCAGGGUACUUGGGAGCCGGGUGUGUAUGACUACAAAGUCCUGCCGCAGGCUGGUGCGACUGUCAAUACCGACAUGAGCGUCACGGCGAGCUACAGCUACGAUGCCGGUCAGCGGCUCAUGAUUAGCUACGACACGCCUGAGAUUAUCACGAAGAAGACGCAAUUCAUUCGCGAGCAGGGCCUUGGUGGCGCCAUGUACUGGGAGAGCUCGGGUGACAAGAAGGGCGAUCAGAGUCUGAUUUCCACUUUUGUUAGGAAUGUCGGCGGCAUCGGCGCUCUGGACCAGAGCCCCAAUAUCCUCACCUUCCCGGCCUCAAAGUACCAGAACAUGCGCGAUGGGUUCCCCAACAACUAA